AUGUUUUCACUUAAUCCAAUAUCAAGCAUGGGUGUUACUGUAGCAUCGAACAUAGAUUCUAUGUCUGCUAUUUAUGUUGAUGAUGAUGGAUCAACAAUGUAUGUAGCACUUCGAUAUGAAAAUCGUGUUGAAAAAUGGAUAAAAAAUGCCUUAAAUGGUGAACACAUAGGUGAUCAAUGUAAACAAUGUACAGGCGUAUGGAUUGACAAAGAGAAAAAUGUUUACAUGACAGAAUCAGGAACACAUUCAAUACUGAAAUGGUCACCAACAACAAAUAUUAAAAUAUCUGUUGCUGGUCAAACAGAUGAAUUGGGACAAACUACUGAUAAACUUUAUUUUCCCCGAAGUAUUUAUUUUAAUCGUUUAAAUGAUGCAUUGUAUAUAGCUGAUAUGAUGAGUAGUCGUAUACAAAAAUGGAACAAAAAUUCACAAGAAGGUAUCACAGUUGCAGGUUCAAAAGAUGGUAUUUCGGGUCAUGAUGAUUCGAAAUUGGCAAGUCCAUUUUAUGUGUGGGUUGAUGAAGAAUCCGAAACAGUCUAUAUUGCUGAUAAUGAAAACAAUCGUAUUCAACGCUGGUUACCAAACGAACUGAUUGGUACUACGAUUGCUGGUGGAACAGAUAUUUUUAUUACAGGCCGCGGCAAUGCAAAUAAUCAAUUAUCAUUACCAAAUUCUUUAACAUUCGAUAAUCUUGGAAAUCUUUAUGUUUGUGAUGGGAACAAUCAUCGAAUUCAAAUGUUUUUAUUAAUUGACAAUCAAGCAUGUCCAACAAGUCGUUCUCAUUCACUAUUUAUAAAGUAA